AUGACUUCUCUUGAUCUAUUUGACGAAUCGCUCAUUAAUCAGGUGGCUAAACUAUGUGCUGAUCUGAAAGAACUUGUCGUUCAAAUGAAGGAUAAACAUGAAGAAAUGAAAUAUCGUGGUGUUGAUGUGACAAGCUGUCUAGGUAAAUACAAAAAAGGUAUGCGUGACUUUCAUCGCAUAUGUUAUAUAUUAAUUCAUGUCAUCGAAAAAAUCGAGAUGAAUGAUUCCGACAUCACAGUAGAUAUAUCUGAAUCCCUUCAAGAGCAUCUCAAACAAAAGUAUGAUAUGAAUCGUUUGGAGAUGCUAUCAGAAGCAGAAAAUAUCCAUGCGAUCGACCAGAUUCUUGAAGAUCUUGCUUUUCGACGACAUUGUCUAUCAUCAUGUCUUGAAACAAUCCGAUCCUUAUUGCAGAAUAAGCCAGAACGAAACGUGUCUUUUGAUAAAUAUAUUCAUAAAGCCGAGAGAAGGUUAGUAACUAUAUCCGAUGUCAAUAGUGACCUCAAUUGUUUACGUGGAAAUCUACGAGCUAUCGAACAAUGUAUUGAUAAAUAUAUUAAUCUGUUACGCGAUGGAAAACUUCAAGAAAAUGAUCGUGAUAAUUUUGCACAAUACAUUGACGCUCAAGACAUUCCUUGCUUCACAUAUAUUCAAUUGAUGGAGAAACUGUGUGCACGAAUAGAAAAACUGGAAAUCAAGGCUACUUUUCCGACAACUGAGCAGUUGAUGAAAACAUGGCAAGAUGAUCAUGGUGCAGAUGAUCAGUUCAAACCCAAAGUGAUCGAACUCUUUCAAGCUGUAGAACUCGAUCUGACCGAAUUGUUCAAAGAUCAAAAGUUGACUUACUCUAUUCCGUACAAAGUUGGUUUGAUUGGUCAUGGAUCUGUAGGAAAAAGUGCGUUAGCAAUCGAACUAGCCAAUGCCCGGCAAUACUCGACCAUGAUUGAUACUGCACGAAGUACAUUCGGUUAUUUACAAUUCGACACACUUCCCUAUCAACAUCCUCGAACUGGAAGAUCUAUUCCAUUUACUUUCGUUGAUAUGGAAGGAGCUAUCGACUCUGACGAAUCUUUAUCUGCAGGAAACUAUCUGGAAUUAAUAACUCGAGCAGAUUGUGAUGUGUACAUAAUUGUUUUCGCUGGACUGUUUAGCAAACACAACCGUGAUUGUCAAGAAUAUAUUAAAACAAAACUACAACGAGAAUGUCUCUUAGUUAGAAGUAAGGCCGAUGUGUUGUUUAAUGAUAUUUUCAAGGACGAAACAGCAACAGAUUACACGAAGGAGAUUGCUGCAGAUUACGAUGUAAAAAAAGCUUUGGAGCAAACGAGAAGUCUAUCUAAGGUUACAUUCAAUGAUGAGCGUCUAAGAGAGGAAAUCUAUCUCACGGCAGUUAGAUGCAAUAACAACUCAAAAGAUGCAUCUUGGGCUCAAUUCGAUUUAGGUAAAUUGAAAGCCAAGUUGACCGAUUUGGCUAUCACGGACAUUCGAACGACCCGAAUAUGUCAACUUGCCAUUCUCACUUCAAAAGCUGUUAUCAAUACCUGCUUUCGUCGUGGUUACGUGGUCUCAAAAACACGAUGGAAAUGGUUUGCUGCUGGCGCUAGUCUUAUUCCUUUUCUUGAUGAACUACCGAAUUUCUUCGGACGCGAAGAAAUCCGUCAAGCUUUUGGCGUGCACGAUAGAUCCGCAAUAAAGAACAUAUUUCGUGGCACGAAAGAUUCUUUAGAAGAAUACCUCGCGACGAAAAACGUAACAUUACCGAAGAAUACUUUGGAAUCUGGCUAUUUCGAAUACUUAGAAUCUGAUAGACCGGAAGUUAGAAACACAUAUAACCGAGCAUCAUCACCGUACCAGAAUGCAAGGAAAAGUUCAACUGUAAAGAAGAAUGACCGAUUGACUCGCAAUGGAACAAAGAUGGUUACUGUUUUAACUGCAAUCGGCACGUCAGUGGAUGAUAUCUUACGAUUUGCCAUUCCAGCUGGUACAGUCGGAUUACGUAUCGUAUCUAUUGCCGGUAUAGUUAUUGGUGUAGCACUUGCUCCAGUUUUCGCAACUUGGGCAGCUUACUCGAGUGGAGAAAGAAUGACUGAACACCUUCAUCAAUUGUGCAAUGAUCUAUUCCUCAUUCUUUCACUUUUUGCAGUUAACGAAUGUAAUGAACAUCGUAACAAGACCAAGCCACCUACAUUUUCGUCUGUCUUUGAAGAAACUUUAUCCGAUGAAGACGAAUAA